UAAAAGUUCAUCCUUUUCACGGAUUAUUACACUGGAAGCAAACCUCACUUUCUUCCUACUUCUCCCACUGGUUUCUGCUUUCUAGCGCUGCCUGUGGCCUUCCUCAGCCAUGGAUUUGAAAGCUGAGGCUAAUGAUGAAGAUGUUGAGUACCGAGUAGCCAAGACUCCGAGACAAGGAGGAUAUAGAGCCACGUAUUUCAUCUUCGGAAUGAUGUUGCUGGAUAACAUAGGGUUUGUGGCCAACAUGGCAAGCUUGGUUUUAUAUUUCUUGAACGUCAUGCAUUUUGACUACUCUGGCUCUGCAAUCACCACAACAAACUUGUUGGGUACUGCUUUCUUGCUCACCAUCGUUGGAGGCUUCAUCUCUGAUACCUACAUGAAUCGCCUCAACACUUGCAUCCUCUUUGGCUUAAUUCAGUUGGUGGGAUACUCCCUACUUGUGGUUCAAUCCCACGACAUCAAACUUCAGCCUGAUCCAUGUUUAGAAUCAAGAUGUGUGCAUGGCACAAAAGCUUUGCUCUUCUACACUUCAAUAUACCUGCUGGCACUUGGUGGUGGUGGAAUCAGAGGCUGUGUGCCUGCUCUUGGAGCUGAUCAAUUUGACGAAAAUAAACCAAAGGAAAGAGUACAACUCGCUAGUUUCUUCAAUUGGUUUUUGUUUAGCAUUACAGUUGGAGCCUGCUUUGGAGUCACGUUUGUAGUUUAUGUGAGCACGGAAUUCCGAUGGUACAAAGGUUUUCUCAUAUCUCUCUCAUGUUCUGCUGCUGGUCUUGUUUUUAUUCUCUCAGGAAAGAGAUUCUAUCGCACCAGGGUGCCGGGAGAGAGUCCAUUGUUAAGGGUUUUACAGGUGCUGUUUGUCGCAAUAAAGAAUUGGAGGGUUAAAGUACCCUUGAAGUCUGAUGAAUUGUACGAAAUACAAAGUCAUGAGUCUAGUAUGAAGAAAAAACUCGUCCCUCACACUAACCAAUUCAGGGUUCUAGACAAAGCUGCUGUUCUACCUGAAGGCACUGAGGCAAGGACAUGGAAAGUGUGCACAGUGACACAAGUGGAAGAAGUGAAGAUUCUAACAAGGAUGAUUCCUAUUCUUCUAAGUACCAUCAUCAUGAACACAUGUUUAGCCCAAUUGCAAACCUUCUCCAUCCAACAAGGAACCUUAAUGAACACAUUCAUUGGCAAACUUAACAUCCCAGCAGCUUCCAUUCCCGUAAUUCCAUUAGUAUUCAUGACCCUUUUAAUACCAGUCUAUGAAUUUGCUUUUGUACCACUUGUGCGCAGAAUGACUGGCCACCCCAAUGGAAUAACAGAACUACAAAGAGUUGGUGUUGGCCUUGUUUUGUCAGCAAUCUCAAUGGUCAUAGCAGGGGUGAUAGAGGUGAAAAGGAAGCACGAAUUCAAUGAUCACAAUCACCAAAUCAGCCUCUUCUGGCUCUCAUUCCACUAUGCAAUAUUUGGCAUAGCUGACAUGUUUACAUUGGUGGGGCUGUUAGAGUUUUUCUACAAAGAAGCUCCUGAAGGCAUGCGAUCUCUUUCCACUUCCUUCUCCUUUCUUUCAUUGUCCAUUGGAUACUACUUGAGCACAGCUUUUGUUGAGCUCAUAAACUUGGUAACCGGUAAGAUUGCUAAGAGCAAGAAAGGGUGGCUAGAGGGACGUGACUUGAACCGAAACCAUGUUGAACUGUUCUACUGGUUCUUGGCUAUACUCAGCUUGCUUAACUUUGUCGUUUAUCUCUGGUGUGCAAAAUGGUACAAGUACCGAAGUGGUGUGCCAUUUGAUAAGGCAGUGUUGGUCAUAGAUUCUCCUCCUCGUAAUGAUGAAAACGUGUCCACAGUGCAAAACAUUCCCCACAAUGAAGAUAAACAAGAAAAUUCAAAUUAAUCGACAAAUUAUUAUAUGGUUUUAGAAUGUUUGGUUUCAUCUGAUUUACGCGUGACAUGUUAUCAUAUUUUUAAUUUACAAAAAUAGAAUUAACGAGAUGUCAUGCAGAGAUUAGUAGAGACAACAUGGUCAUGCUAUAAGAUCAUUUUUCUCCACUUUA